CACAAGCAGUCGAGCACAGACAACGGUUGGCAGUGUACACGUUACCGUUGUUUCUUGUGGUCGUUUACUUGGUUGUUCAUCGCAUACACGAUAUAUAUGUAUUUAUAUUUAUGCAUAUUAUUUAGUAAUCCUUUAUUUACUUUUUCCUUAACUUUAUUAUAAAAUAAUAGAUACUCAUAUCAGACACCGGAUUAUCAUUUUUAAAACUCAAGUUUCAUCUAUACAAUGAAUAUCCUUAAAAAUGUGAUACAUCAUCAUAAAAACGUUUAAAAAACGUUCGUACCCGUUAAAAUCGGUUCUCGUCACGGAGUCAUUAAAUUCCGAUAUUUUUUCAGAGUUUUUUAAAAAAAUUGCAGCUAACAGAACGGAGCUGACGUCAAAACGCCUUCUCCACAUGUGGACAUCGCCGUCUCGUUUAAGAAUCGGUCGAGCACCAAGGAAAAAGCCGUGAACUGAUAUACUGUGAUAUAUAUUAUCCUAAAAAAGUAAAAUCGUGCUUUUUUUGGCUUUAACAUUUCAAAACGAUGGAUAAUUCUAAGAAGUCAGCCUAUAAACGGAAACUCUCAUUUUUGGGUUUUGGAAGAAGAGUGAGUACCGACGGAAAUGGUUCGGAAGCGGGCCCGGAAUUGGACGAGGAAAUGGAAAAAGUGUUUGCCAUGGGUUCUGGAAGGAAAUUCGAUGUAUCUCGUUUAGGAUCACCUUCUGAAUCAGUUGGCUCUGAUCGUGACCGCGAUCGGGGUCCUCCACCGCGAUAUGGUGAUGACAUCUUUGAUCAACACCGCAAAAGAAGUUACCCUCAUCCGCACAUGCCUUUAAAAAGCCUACAUUCCAAGUCGAUGCGUAGGCACUUAUCACCAGAAGGAUCGAUAGAAUGCGAAAACGAAGACGAAAACGUGAAUGAGAAUGGGCAAGUAGAAUCCACUGAUCAGCAAUCAGAUACCAUAGACAAUGGUGUUGCCACUACACGAUCAAAUGAUGUACAUUCACCGUCAGAUGAGCAAGAAAAUACACUCAGCAGUGAGUCUGAAGCACUAACUUCUGAAAGAGCAGCUUCGAUUAUCAUUGAUGGUACCGGAAUCGGUAGUCCUCGAGUCCAAUUCGAAAAAAUUCAAGAAGAAGAUGUUUUGUCAUCCUUAGAAGGACCGCAUAGUGAUGAAGAACGAAAAUCGCGAAGACAUCAUAGUAAACACCACGAUUACAAAAGACACCACCAUAAAUCCAGAAAAUAUUCCCUUCAAGAAGAUCCACAAUGGCGCAAAAGAUCAGGAGCAGGUCUUCCAGACAACGUAGGACUGUUGGGCAGAAGAGUAAGUGUGCAGCCAGAAGAAGCGAGUACUCUGCAAGAACUCGAUAUAGAUGAUCUCGAAUCUCAUCGAAGUGAUGAUCCCCGUGGCAUGAGAAGACAUAAGGCUUCACACCCAACAAUACAAAUAGGCCGGAAAAAAGAAGGCGGGAUUCCUCAUGAAACUUUUAAAAAAAUGUACGAUCAUUCACCGCAUGAAGUUUUUGUUCAACUGGAUGAACUUCAUGGAGUGGGUGAAGAACGUGAGUGGAGAGAAACAGCUCGUUGGAUUAAAUAUGAAGAGGAUGUUGAAGAAGGAGCAGACAGAUGGGGUAGACCUCAUGUUGCUUCUUUGAGUUUUCAUUCAUUGCUCAAUCUUCGUCGAUGCUUAGAGACUGGCGUUGUUUUGUUAGACUUAGAAGAAAAAGAUGUACCUGGUAUGGCUUAUAGAGUUGUUGAACAGAUGGUGAUUGAUGAGCUUAUUCUGCCUGAAGACCGUCCAGUUGUUAUGAGAGCUCUGCUACUUCGUCAUCGACAUGUUAAUGAACAUGAAAGGGGUUUUCGUUUUGGUGGAAAACGAAACUAUUCUAGUUAUACCAGCCUCCAGUCUAUCUGGCUGGAGGAAGAAGAUGCUACGCGGGAAGACACUGAAAAACACAAUUUGAACGACUCAAAGCCAAAAAUCGUGCCAUCAAGCCAACCUCAAGACAACAAUCACACAACAGUUGACAUAAAAGAAGAAAUGACGUAUACAAGCAGCAACGAAGAUUUGAAAAAAUCUCACAACAACGACUACAUCUUCAAACGUAUACCAACAGGAGCAGAAGCAACAGUUGUUUUGGUUGGUGCUGUUGAUUUUUUGGAUCAACCUACCAUUGCUUUUGUCCGACUGGCAGAAGGUGUCUUCAUGCCAUCAAUAACAGAAGUUACAAUCCCAGUACGUUUUGUCUUCACGCUACUCGGUCCUCGUAAUACCGAUUUAGAUUAUCAUGAAAUAGGACGAUCAAUAUCAACACUAAUGGCCAACAAACCAUUCCACCAAGUAGCAUACAAAGCUAAACAACGAGGUGAACUUCUUUCAGCUAUAAAUGAAUUCUUGGACGACUCAAUUGUAUUGCCACCAGGUGAUUGGGAACGUCAAGCAUUGCUACCAUUUGAUGAGCUUAAAGCUAAGAGCAUAGCAAUUAGAAAACGAAAAGCUUCAGCACUUGCAAAAGCUGCUCCUACGACUCAAGGUGAAGCUGCAAUAAAAAAAGCUAUUCUUGCUGGGGAAGAUGGUAAGCGGCCACCUGAUGACGAUCCUCUUCGUCGAACACGCCGUCCUUUUGGAGGGCUUAUAAACGACAUUAAACGACGUUAUCCAUUUUACUUGUCUGAUUUCACAGAUGGGUUAAAUAGUUCGUGUAUAGCAGCAGCUAUUUUCAUGUACUUUGCUGCCCUAUGUGCAGCCAUUACUUUUGGGGGUUUGAUAAGUGACAAAACAAAAAAUGUUAUUGGGAUUUCAGAGACUCUUGUUUCUUGCUCAUGGACAGGAGUUAUAAUGGCUCUUUUUGCAACACAACCUCUUGUGAUAAUUGGUACAACUGGACCUUUGUUGCUCUUUGACGAGAGUCUGUAUAAUUUUUGUUUAGCAUAUGAUCUCGAAUUUCUGACAAUGCGACUUUAUAUCGGCAUGUGGCUAGGUAUAAUAGCCUUGGCAAUAGCCUCCAUCGAAGGGUCCGUUUUAGUAAGACUUUUCACUCGUUUUACGGAAGAAAUUUUCACUGGACUCAUUUCACUACUCUAUAUCGUCGAAACUUUCAUAAAGAUUUAUAAUUAUUUCAAAAAAAAUCCCUUGCUACCAGAGUACUGUUUCGAUCCGAAUGACAACAGUCCUUACUAUUCGACUAAUCUAACCAAUCCGAAAGAAUAUCUGAGGCUAAAUAAUGAAACAGAAAUGAAUUCUUCCACAAUAAGUUUAUCAUUUCUACCAAGUUUUAAUCCUUCCGGUUUGUUGAUAAAUCAACCAAAUACAGCUCUGAUGUGUACUAUUUUGUGUUUUGGAACAUUUUUAGGAGCGUAUUACCUCCGUAUUUUCCGCAACAGCCAUUAUUUGGGCCGUAGUGCCCGAAGAGCAUUUGGAGACUUUGGAGUUCCAAUCAGUAUAAUUAUUUUUGUGUUGAUAGAUUACCUCUCUGAAGUAAAAACAGAAAAACUUCUUGUCCCUGAAGGUUUGAGUCCUACAAUGCAGGGAAGAAAUUGGAUUGUAUCGCCAUCGGGUAUCACCAAACCGAUUUCUGUCUGGAUGGCAUUUGCUUGCGCAGUUCCAGCUCUACUCGUCUAUAUUCUUAUUUUUAUGGAAACACAAAUAUCAGAACUGAUAAUUGAUAAAAAAGAACGUAAAUUACGAAAGGGAAAUGGAUAUCACAUGGAUAUUGUUGUGGUGUGUUUAAUGAAUGUUGGAUGUGGAUUAAUGGGUGCACCUUGGUGCUCAGCAGCGUCAGUACGUUCUUUGACCCAUGUAUCAGCAGUUACGGUCAUGUCGCGCACUCAUGCACCAGGGGACAAACCUUAUAUUGUCGAGGUGAAAGAACAAAGAGUUAGCGCGCUUCUUGUCGCUCUUUUGGUAGGAACUAGUGUUUUUAUGGCUCCCCUGCUGCGCCGAGUACCCAUGGCUGUCCUUCUUGGAGUCUUCUUUUACAUGGGUAUAUCGUCAACCAAUGGAGUACAAUUAUUCGAUCGUGUUAAAUUGUUCUUCAUGCCUGUUAAGCAUCAUGGAACUGCUAAUUAUGUGAGACGAGUUCAAACUUACAAAAUGCAUCUAUUUACAUUGGUUCAAAUAUUAUGUUUGGCUGUACUAUGGAUUGUCAAAAGUACACCAGCAGCUCUCGCACUUCCCUUUUUUCUUAUUCUUAUGAUACCUUUACGCUCACAAAUGACGCGAUUCUUUACAGCUGCUGAGCUCCGGGCGCUUGAUAGUAAAGGCCCUGAUAAUGAGACUGUUGAGGAUGAACUUGAUUUCUAUGAAGAAGCACCACUUCCUGGUUAGAUUGUGCCUUAUCUACUUAUAUUCCACCUUUUGUUUAGGACAUUAAAUAUCCUUCUGUAUAUUAUCUAUUAUUUUGUCUCUGUUUAUUUUAUUAUUUCUUUUUCAUGUUAAAAUAAAAGCACCAAUUAUUGACACUAUAAGAGACAUUUGAGAUUUCAAUUUUUAACAUAUUGAUAAUUUAAUUUUUUUAACUUUUUUUUUUUUGUAAUUACACUAAUUAGUCUUUUGACUGAAAAUUUGUGGUUUUUAAUAAUAGUUUUUUAAAUUUAAUAAUUUAUUUAUAAUGAUAAAGUCAAUUACCUGGCUACACCAAUUAUAUUAAUGAAUUGACAAAUCAACAUAUUCAAUUAGUGACAUACUAAUAUAGUGAUAUACUAAUGAUUGACAACUACAACGCGCUGUCUAAAUUUAUUUGUCUAUAUGAGAUACAAUUUAAAUUUUGAGUACUAAUUAUUGACACCCGUUAUUUGAAAAAUAAUAACGAUUAAAUUGAUUGUAAAUAUCUAAUAUUGUUGAUCUUUCAUAAUUUAUUUAUUUAAUAAAAAAAAAUCUAAAUGUAAAUAGAUGAAAAAAAUAAUUAAAAAUAAGCUUUAUAAAAUUUAAACUCACCAAUUGUUUUAAUAGACUCAAGUAAACUCUUUUUGUCUCUUUAUAGUUAAAUUUUUUCUAUUUUUCAGAACUAUUAAUUUUUUUAAUUCUUUAAAUUAUAAAGAUAAUACGAAAAAGUAUACGAUUAGUAUUAAUAUUGUAGGUAAUUAGAUAAAUUUUGAAAUAAAAUGAGGUAUCAAUAAUUGGACCUUCGUCAAUAACUAGUGCUUUUAUUUUAUAGAUAAGAAAAAAAAUAUUUCAAUGUUGUUCAGUUUUGACUCAACGAUAAAAAGUCUAAUUGCAUUUUUAAUUUAUUUGGUUACUAUUAUUAAUCUUUUAUUGAUUUAAAAAUUUUUUUCUUCAUUUUAUUUUAUUUUACUAAUAAAUAAUUUACUUUUAAUAUAGUAUAAAAAUAUUGUCAAUUAUUAGAGAGAAAUAUUAAUUUCUUAAUCUCAUAUAUGAUUACUUAAGUAAUAAUUGAUGAUAAUUAAUUAAUACCGUGAUAUUAUGAAAUUUUAACAUAUAAGUGUAAAUAUUUAUUAUAAAUAUAAUUUAAUCCUUAAAUUUGGUAUUUUAUCCCAGUGAAUUCUUAUACUUAAUUGAUUUUAAAUAACUGAACUUAUCAACAUUAUUGGUGCUUAUUUUAUUUUGAGAGAUUGAUUAUUGUACAGAAAAAAUUAUAAUUGAUGAAUUUUAUUAUAACAUAAUGAAAUUCCUUACUAUUAACUUUAUUAUGAAUCUUCACUUUUAGUGAAAUUUUCUUGCAACUUUUUAAGAUUGUGCUACCUUAGCAUUACCAGAUAGUGAUAUGAUUGAAAGAAGUACAUUAUCAAUCAUGAAACGAUUCAAUUGAAAAA